CCCGUGCCGAUGUUGCUGCCGGCCUGGGAACUGUGCCUCUACGGGCUCCUGACCGUGGGCUCCCACCUCUACGCUUUCUACGAAGCGCACCAAGUGUCUCGAAAGUAUGAAGCUGCAAUGGACAGAAGGUUUGGGCUGGAGCCAGGGACUCUCUUUCAGGGGCUAAAAAAGGACCCCAUGGACUUUGAGUGGAGCUACUGGAUUGAAUGGGGAAGGGAACGUAUACUAUGGCUUCUGGCUGGUCACCUACUGGUAUCACAGAUGUCCAGGCACUUGGUGGAGAAGUAUAAACCAUGGUGCUUAAUGGUUUAUGGAAUGGCUGCCUGCUGGUUGUUACUGGGAGUCAAGGGCUUUGCUGUCAUUUUGUUACAUGCAGCUAUUUCCUUUGCUGUGGCUCAGUUUCAGCUGUCACUCCUGACAUGGUUGUGCUCCCUUAUUCUUCUGUCCACUUUACGCAUACCAGCGGUGGAGGAAACCAAGAGAAAGUGGUAUGACACUGAAAAUGAGUAUUAUCUGCUGCUCUUCACUGUGUCUGUCCGCUGCCUCUUCUGCACUAGCUUCAGCCUGGAGUACUGCUGGCAUGCACCUACCCAGAAGUCAUCCCACUCAUUCCCCUGGAUGCUGGCAUAUGUCUUUUACUAUCCUACAUUCCACAAUGGACCCCUCGUGAAUUUUGAUGAAUUCAGUAAGCAGAUGAGGAGACAAGAAGCUUUCAGUGUGAAGACCAAUCUCAGCAUCUUAAUUGUGGGCAUAAUUCGUAUUUUCUUUUGGUGGUGUCUGGCUGAGCUGAUGAUUCACCUCAUGUAUAUCCAUGCUCUCUACAGUAGUGCUCUGCCUUUGGAAUCUGCAUCUUACUGGGCCUUGGGUGGCCUGGCUCUAGCUCAAGUACUUUUCUUUUAUGUGAAAUACCUGAUUCUAUAUGGUGUUCCUGGCCUCCUCCUUCAAAUGGAUGGACUCAAACCUCCAGCUCUGCCUUGCUGUGUGAGCCUGAUGCACAGUUUCACUAAAAUGUGGAGAAGCUUUGAUGUUGGGCUGCAUCGCUUUCUGGUCAGGUACAUUUAUGUUCCAGUGGGAGGAUCUCAGUCCAGCUUGCUUGGAACAGUAUUAUCUACAGCCCUCACUUUUGCCUUUGUAAGCUACUGGCAUGGAGGACAGAGUUAUUUGUGGUACUGGGGCGCACUUAAUUGGCUUGGAGUAAUUGUGGAAAAUGGUACCAAGAGGAUACUUUCAAUUUCACUUAUUCAAGAUUUAAUUGAACGUUUCUUCUCGCCAAGAUUUCGUCGUCGACUUCAUGCUGUCCUAGCAUCUGUUAGCACUUCAAUGCUGAUUUUAUCAAAUCUAAUAUUUCUUGGAGGAAAUCAAGUUGGAAAAAUCUACUGGAACAGGAUUUUUAUGGAAGGCUGGCCAUGGGCAACACUGACUGUUCUCGGAUUCCUGUACUGCUAUUCUCAUGUUGGAAUUGAAUGGGAGCAGAAGUACGCUGCACAUUAG